AUGUUUCCCACUCGCGCAUCUCUCGCUCGAAAGGUGUCAUCACGCCGACGUAAAUUGCAGUCGACGCCAGAUCAAGAUAAUGAGGUUCCUACUGGUAUCACCAACUCACGGAUUACGAUAAUGGAUCUCCCCCCUGAGAUAAAAGCUAUGAUCGUGUUCUGUCUCGCGAUCCCACCUCCCGAAACCCACCAGGAAUCCAAGCUGGACGGGAAAUCUCCGCAUUUUGACAAGCAUCGAUACGACGUAAUGCCUGAUAUAAUAAGCCUGCGACUGGUCAACAAAACCUUCUCCAUGCUUGCGGCAAAACAUCUAUUUAAAUACAUCCAUGUACAAGCGGCGUGUGUGGUGACAACCUCAAUCUACAAGCUCUGGGCUCUCAGCCAAAGUCAAUACGCGGGCUGUGUUCGACACUUGUCAAUCGAUAUGAGCCAUUACUGUGAUGCAGCCAAAGGGUCGGUCAAACAAGGCCUAGAACAAGUCUUUCGUACGAGUUUGCCCCGUUUGUCUGGUCUCGAGACUAUACAGUGUCAUUUCACGAGUAUGCGCAUGUGUUGUCAACUGUACCAACACAAGCUACUCCGCCAGGUGUUCACCAGUGAAGAUCAUACCAGGCUGAAGAACAUACACAUCUCAUUUCAUGGGGUGCCCAACUACAGCAAGAAGAGUAUCCAAGAUGACAUGCUACCCAGUGGCUCAGGAGAGCAGGUCGUGCAGCUCCUGAAAGAUAUCCGCUGUCUCGACCUUCGUCAAUAUGAUUUUGGCGGUCGCGAUAUUCAGAAUCCGUCACCCGCUGGCGACUUCGCGGCCUGGCUUUUGGGAGUUGUUGAGAAUAACAUGGAUCAGGAUUUCAAUUGGUCACAAUUACCAGGCUCAUCGUUCCCUGCCACCACCAUGCCAAAGACUUGCAGACUUGCGUUGGAGACUCUCGUGCUUGAUGGCAUUCCCUUGCAGUACUCGGCACUCAUGUGUCUUUUGACACUGGCAAGGCGGUCAUUACGACGGGUUGAGUUGAGAAGUGUUGCCCUUCAAUCCGGAGACUGGUGUAGUGUUCUAUCUGUGAUGGGCUCGCUACCACACCUGACAUACUUCCGAUUCAUUCGCUUAAGAGGACUUGCAACCCCCGGGAGCACUCUGAUUCCCCCACGUCAACUUUCUGGGCCCUCGAGUGUUGAAGAGUCAGAUGGUGAUGAUUCUGAUGAUUAUGAAUCUUGGGAUGAUGAGGUCGACGAUGAAGAUAGAGGCGAUGAGGGUUCUGAUGAUGGGGGAUUUUCAGACCUAAACUAUGAGUAUUUGGAUUCUGAAGAUCUAGAUUGGUGGGACGAAGACGCUUCGGAUCAGGGAUCGGAAGACGAUGUGUCCAAUGAUGAAGAUGAUGAAGAGUCCGACGAUGAUGGGUCUAACGGGAGUGAUGCGGAUGUUUUCCAUGCCAUCUGCCUGGAAGUCGUAUGCUGGAGAAACGAUAAUUAUUUUGACCGACUUGCCGAGUUGAAACCCAUCGUCCAAUCUUUGGUGCACCGUGUCAACGAGAACAGAAGCGCCAAUGGGAUGUGUCCUCUGAUGGAAGCGUAUCAUACUACGAACAAACUAGCUUAA